AUGGUUUUCACUCUACUAACACCUUCUUCUAACAGCAACAUCCACUACCACCCCACUCCCUUGACCCCCAGCAUCCGGGCAGGGCUUCGCAAGCAAAAAGGACUCACGAUCUGGCUGACGGGCCUUUCAGCCAGCGGCAAGUCCACGAUUGCCGUGGCCUUGGAACAAGCCCUCCUGCGUCACCCCUACAGCAAAGCAGCCUACCGACUAGAUGGCGACAACAUCCGCUUCGGCCUGAAUAAAGACCUGGGCUUCUCUCCCAAGGACCGAGAAGAGAACAUCCGCCGGAUUGCCGAAGUGGCCAAAUUAUUCGCCGACUCAUGCACCAUUGCCAUCACCAGCUUCAUCAGCCCGUACCGAGCGGAUCGCGAUCUGGCCCGUCAGCUCCACGAGGCCGAACGGCCCAACGGCGAACCCGGAGUGCCUUUCGUCGAGGUCUGGAUUGAUGUCCCCGUGGAAGUUGCCGAACAGCGAGACCCGAAGGGUCUUUACAAGAAGGCCCGCGAGGGAAAGAUCCCUGAGUUCACCGGUAUCAGCGCACCAUAUGAGGAGCCCUUGAAGCCGGAGAUCCACAUCCACUCCGACAAGACUAGUGUCGAGGACGCCGUCAAGCUCAUCAUCAAGUAUCUCGAGGACAAGGGAUAUUUGGCCGAGCCGCCUGCCGUUGCGGAUGACGAGUAG